UAACCAGUUUGACAGCCACCAAAAAGAAAACAGAAGAAGAAGAAGUAGCCUGAUCAUGCGAACAUCUCCAGAAUGGGUACCCAAGUGAAAGAUGUCAUCAUUAAGCCUGACGCCCCCAGCUCUCUGCUGCUGGACAAACAUGCAGACUACAUCGCUGCCUACGGCUCCAAAAAGGAUGACUAUGAGUACACACUGUCAGAGUACCUGCGGAUGAGCGGCAUCUACUGGGGGCUGACGGUGAUGGACCUGAUGGCGCAGCUGCCCCGGAUGAACCGGCCGGAGAUCGUAGACUUCAUCAAAUCCUGUCAGCACGAGUGUGGAGGCCUCAGCGCCAGCAUCGGACACGACCCCCACCUGCUCUACACCCUCAGCGCCGUGCAGAUCCUGUGCUUGUACGACAGUGUGGAUGCUCUCGAUGUGGACAAAGUGGUGGAGUACAUCAAAGGGCUGCAGAUAAAGAUGCCAAAGCAGGAGAUGCUGAACAGGAGACAGUUUCAGGCAGAUCUAGCAUCCUCUCUCAUCCUGGUAACAAUGCUUUUCUGCUUUUCUGAAAUACAGAAGAGGAUUAGGACCACAUGUGGAUUUAUCUUUUGGACAUGACCAAAACUGAUUUUUUCUUUUGAGUAAUAAAUCAAAAUUCUUACUUAAAUCUCA